GGAGCCAACCGUCCCAAAUUUCCUGGCUUGACACCAUGAGAGGACCAGGGGUUUUGUUCUGCUGCCUUGCGGCUUUUCUUCUUGUGAGAGCAGAACUUCAAGUCUCCUCUCCCGAUGCCUCUGAGGAUGGUGGAAACCUUGCUGAUGGCCAUCCAGGUUCUGUGGACUCCACUUGGGAUGACAAGUCACUUAAUGCCGAACAAAUCCUUAUAGAGAAGAGUCGGGAUUACGGAAACGUGGCUACAGAAGACAGGCAAGAGAAAAAAAAUGUUACUCCUGGUGCAUCCCCUUCUGAAACUGUUAAUAUUACACUAGAAAAAGAUGACGCAGCCGUGGAGGCUGUUGUUGCAGAAGGCCAAGACAAGGACAGGGAAGAAGUAAUUGGUGAUCCAACCAGUAAAAUUGAAGAAAAGGCCAGCACACAGGAGCCUGAGACAGAGGUGGGAGAGGAAGAUCAUUUAAAAGAACAGGCUGCAACUUUACAUACUUUUAAGGAAAGUUCUGAAGCGGAGGAGAAAGAACCUGUCCCCGAGACUACUGAAAAUGAGCAAGUGCUAGCUGUUCCUAAAGAGGAAUCGGAGUCCGAUGUGAUUGAAGAGUCUGGCCAAGCGCCAGAGGAAAAUCUUGAAUCAGCAGAGGAAGAAGAUCAACAUUCUGAAACAGAGUUGGACUCAACAUCGGAAGAGGAGGAGGAAGAACCAGGAAUAAAUCUCAAGGAUGAUGAACCUGGAGACAAGUCAUCAGAAGAGGAAACGCAUUUAUUUGAAGAAAAUGUAGAUGAAUCGGGUGAAAUAGUCGAAGAAGAAGAGGAAGAAGCUGAGUUAGAGGCUGAAGGGAGAUCAUCCGAACAAGAAACUGAAGAGCGUGGACCAGACUUUGACAGAGAGGGAGAUGAAGAAGAUGAAGAACUUGAGACAGGGCCUGAACAUGACAUAACUGGAGACGAGUCUUUAGAAGAAAGUAAAGAUGAAGAAGAUAAACCAGAAGUACCUUCUAAGGAUGAUAUAGCUAAAGAGGAGAUUUCAGAACAAGAGAAAGAAGUAGAACAAGAAUUUGAUGAUAAGGAUUAUAUAGCCGAAGAAGAAUCCCCAGAAGAAGAAGGAAUUCAUGAAACAAACAUUUCGGAAGAAGAUGAAGAAGCACAAGUUGUAAAUGCUAAUGAGAACAUUGACAUUUUAACCGAAGUUCAAGAAGAGCCAGAUGUUGAUGUUGUUGAAGACAGCCAUACAGAAGAUGGUAAUGUAGAGAAUGUGUCAGCAGAAGACCCUAAACCAGAGGAACCUGUUCUAUCUGAUAGCACAGAGCAGAGUAUAGAAUCAACACUCGCAACAGAGGAAGCCACUGUUCAGGAGGACACGGAUGAAAACAUCCCUACAGAAGACAGUAAUGUAGAAAACGUGUCAGCAGAAGACCCUAAACCAGAGGAACUUGUUCUAUCUGAUAGCACAGAGCAGAGUAUAGAAUCAACACCCGUAGCAGAGGAAGCCACUGUUCAGGAGGACACGGAUGAAAACAUCCCUACAGAAGACAGUAAUGUAGAAAACGUGUCAGCAGAAGACCCUAAACAAGAGAGACUUGUUCUAUCUGAUAGCACAGAGCAGAGUAUAGAAUCAACACUCGCAACAGAGGAAGCCACUGUUCAGGAGGACACGGAUGAAAACAACAUCCCUACAGAAGACAGUAAUGUAGAAAACGUGUCAGCAGAAGACCCUAAACCAGAGGAACUUGUUCUAUCUGAUGCAGCUGAUAGCACAGAGCAGAGUAUAGAAUCAACACUCGCAACAGAGGAAGCCACUGUUCAGGAGGACACGGAUGAAAACAACAUCCCUACAGAAGACAGUAAUGUAGAAAACGUGUCAGGAAACCCUAAACCAGAGGAACUUGUUUUAUCAGAUGCAGCUGAUAGCACAGAGCAGAGUAUAGAAUCAACACCCGUAGCAGAGGAAGCCACUGUUCAGGAGGACACGGAUGAAAACAACAUCCCUACAGAAGACAGUAAUGUAGAAAACGUGUCAGCAGAAGAACCUAAAUCAGAGGAACUUGUUCUAUCUGAUAGCACAGAGCAGAGUAUAGAAUCAACACUCACAACAGAGGAAGCCACUGUUCAGGAGGACACGGAUGAAAACAACAUCCCUACAGAAGACAGUAAUGUAGGGAACGUGUCAGGAGACCCUAAACCAGAAGAACUUGUUCUAUCUGAUGCAGCUGAUAGCACAGAGCAGAGUAUAGAAUCAACACUCACAACAGAGGAAGCCACUGUUCAGGAGGACACAGAUGAAAACAACAUCCUUACAGAAGACAGUAAUGUAGGGAACGUGUCAGCAGAAGACCCUAAAGCAGAGGAACUUGUUCUAUCAGAUGCAGCUGAUAGCACAGAGCAGAGUAUAGAAUUAACACUCGCAGCAGAGGAAGCCACUGUUCAGAAGAACACUGAUGAAAAUAACAACCCUAUUGUUAAACCAGCAUCACAGUUGCCUGCUAAAUCAUCUAAAAAACAAGCUGUCAGGACAAAGUCAAGAAGGCUAAAAGAUGACUUGGAAGAAGAUUUCACAAGAAGAGACAGAAGCCACAUAGAUAAUACCUUGAAACUUGCUGACGAAAAACCAGCAGAUGACUACACAGCGGUCCUACAGAGGCUAAAGAAACUAUAUCACUCUGCUAUAAAACCUCUGGAACUCUCCUACAAAUACAAUGAACUGAGGCAGUAUGAGAUUACAGCUUAUCAUGGACGUACCCUUGCUGACUCGGCCACAGAUGGAGAGAUCACUUCUAAACCGAUGGUUUUGUUUUUGGGACCGUGGAGUGUUGGCAAAUCCACCAUGAUCAACUACCUCUUGGGGUUGGAAGAAACACCCCAUCAACUGUACACAGGUGCUGAGCCCACAACUUCUGAAUUCACUGUGCUUAUGCAUGGGCCAAAGCUAAAGACCAUCGAAGGCAUCGUGAUGGCUGCCGACAGCAGUCGUUCCUUCUCUCCACUGGAAAAAUUUGGUCAGAAUUUUCUGGAGAAGCUAAUAGGCAUUGAAAUUCCCCACAAACUUCUUGAGAGGGUCACAUUGGUGGACACCCCUGGAAUCAUUGAGAAUCGCAAACAGCAAGAAAGAGGUUAUCCAUUUAAUGAUGUCUGCCAGUGGUUUAUUGAUAGAGCUGACCUCAUCUUUGUGGUAUUUGACCCUACCAAACUGGAUGUAGGUCUCGAGUUGGAGAUGCUCUUCAAACAGUUGAAAGGACGCGAGUCUCAGAUCCGUAUUAUCCUAAACAAAGCUGAUAAUCUGGCAACACAAGAGCUCAUGAGGGUAUAUGGAGCUCUCUUCUGGAGCUUGGCUCCUCUGAUCAAUGUGACUGAGCCACCAAGAGUCUAUGUCAGUUCAUUCUGGCCAGAAGAUUACCAACCUGAAACACAUAGAGAACUGUUUCUUAAGGAAGAGAUCUCUCUUCUAGAAGAUCUCACCCAAGUCAUUGAAAACAGACUUGAAAACAAGAUUGCCUUCAUCCGUCAGCAUGCUAUUAGAGUCCGAAUUCAUGCUUUGUUGGUUGACCGCUACCUUCAGACCUACAAGGACAAGAUGACCUUCUUCAGUGAUGGUGAAUUGGUAUUUAAAGACAUUAUUGAGGACCCUGAUAAGUUCUUCAUUUUCAAGUCUAUCUUGGCCAAAACAAACGUCAGCAAGUUUGAUCUUCCAAACAAAGAGGCUUACAAGGACUUCUUCGGAGUAAACCCAAUUACUGGCUUCAAGCUUCUAUCCAACCAGUGCUCAUAUAUGGGCGGCUGUCUGAUGGAGAAGGUUGAGAGGGCCAUUACACGUGAACUGCCAGACCUUCUUAGCAGCAUCAGCAGCAAAAAGCCUCAAAACCUUAACUGUGAGGUGACCGGAUGUGGGGAAGCCCCAAAGAACCGUUACAAAAAACCUUAAACUCUCUCCAUCCUAUGCCUUCUCAUAUUUAAAACCGAAAAAUAAAAAAAACACAGCAUUUCAACAAAAUAUGAAGGUCCUGCGAUCUUUUAGUGAUGGCAUUAAUUAUCAUGCACUUGACCUGUCAAGGAAUAAAGCAGAAAUGAUAAAAAAUGACUCUUCUUGUCAUAGAAGAAUGAAUUCACUACUAGUCACUCUGGUGCUGAAGGAAGUUAUUCCAAUCUUACCAUGUUGGGUUGACCUUUACCUUACAAUAACAAUACCAUACCAAUUAUGAAUGUACAAGGUUUACGAGGAGUUCCAGUUACCUGCAAAACUCUGUUUAACACCCUGUAUCAUAACUAUACUACCAUGUUUACUAGUGGCCUUAUCUUUAAACUGGAAAUUUAUUUUGUAACCUGCAUCCUAUCAAACCCUAGGGAUGUAUGUUAAAUAAUCAAGAUGGUGACAGGCAUUCUUGUUCCACAACAUCAAGGCUUACGUAAAUCAAAACCCACACAUUUUACUCUUUCCAGCACCACAGUGAAGUACAAAAAAUGUCAGCAGACAAGAUAGUGGGAUGUUAGCAACAUGGCUGCCAUGUGCUGUCUCAGAACUCACAUUACAUUGAUCAUUACCUAAAAUUGUGGCAAAAUAGUUGAAUUUGAUUGGAUAAGUUGAUGUUUUAAUAGUCAAACAAUCAUACAUUUAUACCUAAGUCAACACUGCCAAGUGUUGUUCAUAUAAAAUAGAAUUGGUGCCGAAACAAAGACCAUUGCUAAGAAUGCCCAGGUCUCAACUUUUUAUAACAGUUUAAUUACAGCUUUACCUCAUCCCACUUUAUUGGUAUACUUCCAAAUCUAUCCUUAUCCUGGGCUUCAGAAUGAGCAGGGUUUAUUAAUAGUAGGCUUGGUUUUUCCAAAUAUGUGAAGAUUGGCGAAGGCCAAAAAUAUCUCAAAGAUAUCAUAGAUAUAGUUACAAACCAAUAGAUAGUAAAAUAAAAUGUAUGUUUUAUUUAUUAGCUUGAGUUUGGUAUUGUACAAGUGACCAGUCCUGUCCCAGUGUCUGAUUUUGUAUUUUAGUCCAUUAUAUUAAAUAUGCUUGGCUAACAUCUGACAGAAUGAAAACCUGAUGAAGGGGCACCACCUGGGAUAUGUACACUUUUGACCUGAAUUAAAAAAAAAAAAAAAAAAGCACAUGGGCUUAUUUAGAUAAUAGUUAAAUAUCAAUACAAAUUCCAGUAAUGUUGACUUAAAGGAAAUCGGUGAGUUUCCUGUCUAUCUGUCAAUGUGUACUUCCUGUUGUGUGUUAAAUGCAGCUAACAGUUAUAGGUAUUAGAUUAGUUGGACUCUGUAUUUCAGGAUAACAGAAGAACAUAGCCAUACAGAAAUCUAGGGUGAAAGAAAGGAAGUUAGAAGGCCAGAUGGCUGACAAGGGUAAUGGAAAUGUGUUGUUAAUAAAAAAAAGUGCACACUUCCUGUUAGCUGUGCAUGGUUGAGGGAGCCAUUUUGUUGAAUACCGACGUUCAGUUCUUUCAAUAGUUUAAGAGGAGCCAUUUAAGUCAGGAAUACUACACUGAUCUUGACUGAAUUAAAACAAAUGUUUGCCAAGCUCACACAAAUCUUUAAUCAUAACUGACAGGUGUUCUUAGAAAAGGUAAUAAAUGACUAGUGAAUUGUGUAUCAGAGCAGAAAUAUAGUUAAAGGAGGCUGUUAAUAUAUGAAAACCUCCUUUAUUGGAACAAUUCUGACUUUGAGACUCUUGAAGGAUAGGGCUUAUGGGUUUGCCUACACGUGGAUGGACAUGGGCAAUGUGUGGAUGUUCUGGACAGAUCUUAAACCUGUUCUGAAUUUAGUUUUUAAAGUAAGUAUAGGUAUAAUGUUUGACAACAUUGAGUAACACUAUAGGGGCCUACUUAUAACAAUGUCUUUAAACCCUGCAAAGGUAUUCCUACCUCCAUAAGCAUUUUAUGGCCCAUUCAUAAAAUUCAGGCUAUGGUAUGAAACCUACCUUGAGUCACUCUAUUGCAGUCAAUUCUGUGACUAGGGCUGGGGUCGUGGCCGGGGCCGGCUACAAGACUUACAGAUAACAGGACUGGGCUUUCUUGCAAGCUUCCUUUUUUUAAACUAUAUUAAUAUCACCCUGCUGGUUUCAAUAUCCUUAAGUCAGCAGAGUGCUAAACCCAUGUGUAAAGCAUCGUACAGCUUGUUUUUUUUUUUAUUAUUUAAAGCUGCUAAGACCAUACUGCUGUUUUAAAUGGACCCCACAUUUUUAUAAUAUCCUGCCCAUGUAGGUCAUGAUGCUAUACAUUAUAAAUGGGGAUGGCCCUGUGACUGAAAGUGGCUGAAAACUGUAGAUAUCAACCAUUCAGAAGCUCCCUUUUUGUGUCCACUGUCCAGUAAUGAUUAUUAAACAUAAAAGGCUAAAACAGGUGAUCAGGGAUGAGGGCAUUGAUUUUUACAAAUUACAUUCACUGCAAAAUUAGCAAUUGCCCUACUGAGAAAAUGUAACCCAAGCAGGAACUCAUUAAGAUGAUUGGGUGAAAUUUGCCUGUAAAAAUAUCUAUUUUCUUUUGCAGAGGGUGUGGUUUUUUAAGGGGAUGUUUUUUUUUUUAAUAGUUUCUUUAAUUUAGUGUUCUUUCCCCUUUUUUGUGUACUGUUGUUUAAAUUUUUUUACAUUACUUUUCUUGCUGUCUUUUUUUUUUCUUUCUGUAAAAAAAGUAACACAAUGAGGCUAGUAAGAAGCCACAUUUUUGGCACAAGAACAGAUCCAGGAUAGGUGAAAGAACCUUCUGUAACCCUCAUCAGCUAUAUAAAUCAAAUUUUUCCCCUAUGAAACCAGUAAAAACCACAAUUUUUAUCUUCCCCGUUCAUUUCAAUGCAAUUUGCCAAAAUGGAAAAAUUUUGCCCAAAUUUCUCAGUGUUGGAGGAAGUGUUUGGGAAAAUUAAAGCUCCCAGUUUCACUCACAGGUAACAGAAAUGUUAUCUACUUCCAGUUACAAGGUCCGUUCCCUUGCUUACCUGCCCCAAAAAAUAAUAAAGACAAAUCCUCAGCAAAACUCCUAUUGCCUGUGUAAGCUUUGGUUUCUUAAUGUCUGCGUCUUCCACAAGAUGGCUGCCUCUACUGUGUAUAUAAACGAUGGAUUCAGGUAUUAGAUUUGCAGUUGGUGGAUACAGCAGGUGCCAUUUCAAUGGUCCAAUAAAUAUAGCUGUCUUUUUUUAUUCUAUCAUUACACUUCUUUGCUCUAUUAUUAAAGUCCUCUCAGUGAUCACUUUCUCUUAACGUACAAUAAAAAUGUUUGUGCUUGUUAA